UUAUCUUUGGUAGUUCUACAGGAAGACUGCCGAGGACUGCUGAAAAAUAUGACUUAUGGCAUGUGCGUAAGUUUGGCUGUAUCCUCUUGUCUCAAACCCACGAAGAGAACUCUAUCUUCUCUCUGAAAUGACUGAGGAGAAGCAUGCACGUAUGCAACGAUGCCACCAAAGACAUCUCUUCCCAAAGGGUAUGGUCCGGGCAGCCGAGCCUUAUGGAGCAAAGACCAGCUCCUGCGCCACCUGCUCGUUGCGCAGGCUCCGCUGGUGCCAGGUCCGGCUGGAUCGUAGGCGAGGCCCGCGCCACAAGCCGCUGGAAUUACUUCCACUAUCACCAGGGCUCAUCUUCGGAUGAUGGUCUCCGCCAGCCACCCCGAGUAAUACCUCGAGUCUCUCAGAAGCUAGGUCUUCCCACACGCGAAUGUCCUUUCAGUACGAGCCGAUUACCAUGCUGUAUAUCGCAUUUACAUGUUAUGAUAAACAGAAGAGUAAGAAUACUCUCUAUAUGUUUCCGCGAGAUCUGUCAACGUGUUUGGUGGCAAUACCUGGUUAUCUUUAAAGGGAGUCAGGCGUCAAGGCUACUGAUAUCUUCUCCCAAACAACCAGAUGUGGUGAAAGAUCUCGUCGUGAUAACUGCAAUGAAGCGGAGCACAAUUACAUGCAUCAGUACGUACUGUAGCAAGGAUGAGUGUGAGUGCAUAGGGGGCGAUCCAGUAGAUCCAGCUUCUUUCACCCUCCAUGAUGAACACAGUUCUUGCUGAAACACCGAUUCGAGCUGAUGCCUGCCUAUGCCGUACGGGAGUAAGGCACCCGUGAAACAAGGGUUAGGAUAUUUAAUUCCAGGUGGCCCAACUAGUUUCGCAGUGAGUAAGCUCAAUUCUGAUAAAUGAGUUCCAGCCAAUGGAAUCAACAUAGCUGCCAGCCACUCGUCCCUCACAGCAACCCCACGAA